ACAUGACGGCAAACGACCCGCAGCCGGGGCUCCGGCCGCACCGCCUCAAGCCCCCUUCGCCCGCGCGGAGCAGCAGUAAGUGUGGGCGUCUGUGUAAGUGUGAAAGCAUCAUGGUGGCAUUUAAAGGAGUCUGGACUCAGCCCUUCUGGAAAGCCGUUUCAGCUGAAUUUUUGGCCAUGCUCAUUUUUGUCCUCCUCAGCCUCGGCUCCACAAUCAACUGGGGCGGAGCAGAGAAGCCCCUGCCUGUAGACAUGGUCCUUAUCUCCCUCUGCUUUGGACUCAGCAUUGCAACCAUGGUGCAGUGCUUUGGACACAUCAGUGGAGGCCACAUUAACCCUGCUGUGACCGUGGCGAUGGUCUGCACGAGGAAGAUCAGCCUCGCCAAGUCCGUCUUCUACAUUCUCGCCCAGUGCCUGGGAGCCAUCGUGGGCGCAGGCAUCCUUUACCUCGUCACACCACCAAGCGUCGUGGGAGGCCUGGGAGUCACUGCGGUACACGGGGAUCUUUCCGCUGGCCAUGGACUCCUGGUGGAGUUGAUAAUUACAUUCCAGCUGGUUUUUACUAUUUUUGCCAGCUGUGAUUCAAAACGAAGUGAUGUCACUGGUUCAGUAGCUUUAGCAAUUGGAUUUUCUGUUGCAAUUGGACAUUUAUUUGCUAUCAAUUACACCGGUGCCAGUAUGAACCCUGCUCGAUCAUUUGGGCCUGCUGUCAUCAUGGGGAGAUGGGAAAACCAAUGGGUAUAUUGGGUGGGACCAAUAAUAGGAGCAGUCCUUGCUGGUGCUCUUUAUGAGUACGUCUAUUGCCCAGACGUUGAACUCAAGCGCCGUUUUAAAGACGUCUUCAGUAAGGCCACCCAGCCGUCCAAAGGGAAGUACAUUGAGGUGGACGAUAACAGGAGCCAUGUAGAGACCGAUGACCUGAUCCUGAAGCCUGGCAUAGUUCAUGUGAUUGAUAUCGACAGGGGUGAGGACAAGAAGGGAAGAGAUCCAUCCAGUGAGGUGUUGUCUUCUGUAUGACUAGCAAGAAGCACUGAAAGCAGAGAUCAGCCUGCUAGCCUGUCCACAGAUAUCCUCCCACCUAUUAAAGAAACAGAUCUCCUCUAAACUGAGCAUCUGCCAUUUCUUAACAGGUAUGGUGUGGGCAGCUGCGUGGUAGCGGUGUCACCAAACCAUAUGCCUGCUCAGUUGGAAUAUUAGGACUUUCCUAUAAUGAGGAUUCCCCAUCUAUUAUUCCAUAUUAAAAGCUGUUCCUACUGUUUUCCUUUCCUUCUUUCUGGAACAAUCCCAAAGUCAAAAAAAGAGAUGAAAGCAUUCUCCUUUAAUAAAUCAGUCAAUAAUGAGAUGAAGAUAGAGAUGUUUAACAUUCAGAUUGACAGUUAAGACGUAUCAGGAAAUGCCUAUAGACAUGAAAACCUACUUAUCAGAUUGUUCUUCUGACACUUAAUUGGCUGUUGUCAGCUCUGAUUAGAACAUCUUAUCCAUUAUGCGUUCUCUGCGAGGUUCAGGGACAGCACCAACAGUAUUUAAGAGUUUUAUCGACAGUCAAGCAAAGGAGUGUUGUUUCCACCCAUGUACAUCACUAUUGCCUUGCAAACUACUCCUGAAAAGAUGAUACUUAAAUAGGUUUAAAAAAAAAAAAUUCUAUCAACCCAUCAAAUUUCACUUAUGUGAUUUGCAGUAUAAAUAUAUUACCUUCAUCCUUUCCUGGGAGUAAAUACGCUGAAAUUGAAUGUUGAAGUCUACUGUAAUAAGGCUGCAAAGCAUUUGACUCUACUUCAUGCUCCCUCUUGUCAUUGUCUAUCUCGUGAAACAUUCUCCUGGGGUUUGACUAUUGACCAUUUAGUGUUAGCAGACUCUCAAGGUCAUGCAAAGAAUAUAAAGGCUUUCCUGUUACUUAAUAACUCAAAUAAGAGAUAUCAGAAGAAGAGAAGGCAUAUCUGUUUUCAGUGCACUUGUUCAAAUACACAUUUCUGUGCUAAGUUAUGUAAACUAAACGUUUAAAUUACUUACCUACUUUCUUACAAGAUGGUUGGAGAUAUGGGGGUUUUAAUUCAUUAGUAAUGUAGAAGGUUUUUAACUUUUAUCUGUAUUGAAACACUGAUUGGGAAAUAUUUUUUUAUAACGGAUGAUAAAAAUACGACUGCUUCUGGCUUUUGUUGUAACUGAUGCCUGACUAUUUGAACAGGAUCCAUGCUUGUUCCAGUGUUCCUAUAGUCUUAAUUACACCUCUGGCAAUGGUUUCUUUAUCUGUUGUUAGGAAAAGAUGCAAGCACUUGCAGGGUUUUUAGGGGGAAAGGGACAUGAAAUAUGUUCAGUAAUCAGCCUUUCCCUUAUAGAAGUGUUUUGACAGACAUAAUCACCCCAGCAGAACAUUUCUGUAAAGCUGGUACUGACUUACUGCUUUUGUUUCUGAUCAGUGGCUUUGAGUUUCACAAUAUACAGCUGCAGAGCAGUCAGGAGCAUGGUAUUAUUAGUGUAAUUGUAUAGUUUUUAUUUUGAAAUUUAAAAUCUACUCCUGCCUAUUUAGCAAUAAGAGGGG